CGCACCCCGCCCGCCACCACCCGCACGGCGCGCCGCCAGUCCCGCCGCGCACACCCGCCCGCACGCCGCCCCGUCCGACGCGCCACCACCGCCCAUGUUCCUCGACGCCAAGGCGGCGACGCCAUCCAGCCGCCACGUGUUCCCCAUCGGCACCCUGGCAAGGUAAGCCUGCCGUCGCCUGGCACGCGCCGGGGCGCGACCCUGUGCCGCCGAUUCGAUUGUGACCGAUGGGGUUUCGUUCUUGGAUCGGUGGCUGCGCAGCGGGUGGAGGUGGUUGUCCAUUCAGGUUCAAGAUCUGGUGGAUGGUCCCGGCCACCGGCGCCAGCGCCGCGGCCGUGCCUGCGGAGAUGCAGAUGCUGCUCAUAGAGUCCAGGGAUGAGGAGGGUUGCGCUGCCGCGGAGGGGGGGGUGCGGUGUAUGCACUGAUGCUGCCAGUUCUUGACGGCGAUUUCAGGGUCAGCCUUCAGGGGAGCCCCGAGAACGAGCUCCAGUUGUGCUUGGAGAGCGGUGAUCCUGAGGUCCAGACGAUGGAAGCAGCUGAUGCGGUAUUCAUCAACUCAGGGGAUAAUCCAUUCAAGCUAAUGAAGGAAUCCAUCAAGUUGCUAUCAAAGAUCAAAGGAAACUUCAAGCAUAUUGAGGACAAGGAGAUCCCUGCAAAUUUGGACUGGUUUGGGUGGUGCACCUGGGAUGCAUUUUACAAGGCUGUUAACCCAGCAGGGAUCGAGGAGGGCCUUAAGAGAUGAUGGAAUUAGAGCUGAAGAAGCUAGAGGAAAUCAUCAAAAAUAUACAUGAAGAAAUAUUUUAUCUCCGCGAAAGUAGUACGUAGUAUCGACUAUGACUGGCAACAUUGAAACUAACGUUGGCAAAGCAUUUCCUGUAUCACAUUGUGGCCAUGUCAUGUGUCCAGGGAGGAGGAAAUGCAGGACCUGAACAGGCGAACACACUCGAGGAUGGCUUGGCUCGGGUUCCUCUCGCUCGGCAUCUGCUUAUCAGUGGCGGGCUUGCAGCUGUGGCACCUGAAGACUUACUUCGAGAGAAAGAAGCUAUUGUAGUUCCCCAAUUAUUCACGAUAGUACACAGCACUAGAGCGAACAGGUGUAACUUUUUUGUGUGAAUGGUUAAUUUAUGUUACACACAAAAUGAUAGUUGAACUGCGACACAAAAUACAUACUCGUAGAAACUCAGUAACUAGCAUUAGAGGCUUGGUUUCUGUAACUGCUCCAAGGAACUGGACAAUAUUAGGAUGUCUCAGCUUCAUUAGCAAGUUGACUUCA